UCGCGUCUGCUGUUUCUCACGCGUCUGCUGCUGAAAGCUCCCGCUCUUUUUACCUUUCUUUUCUUGGAACAAGGCUCCUUACAGCAUCCGUCAUCCCUUCAUUCGUUUGACCCAGUCUAGUCUCUGAUCGCGCAGGCAAAAUGGCGACUCCCUCCACCAUCACGCCCGCCAGCCACGUCGGCUUCGACAGCAUCACCUCGCAGAUUGAGCGCAAGCUGCUGAAGCGCGGAUUCCAGUUCAACGUUAUUUGCGUUGGCCAGACCGGCUUGGGCAAGUCGACGCUCAUCAACACCAUCUUCGCCUCGCACCUCAUCGACUCAAAGGGCCGCCUGCAGCCCGACGAGCCCAUUCGUUCCACCACCGAGAUUCAGGGUGUCUCGCACCUCAUUGAGGAGAACGGUGUCCGUCUGAGGCUCAACAUUGUUGAUACCCCUGGCUACGGCGACCUCGUCAACAACGACCGCUGUUGGGAUCCCAUCGUCAAGUACAUCAAGGACCAGCACUCCGCGUACCUGCGAAAGGAGCUUACCGCUCAGCGAGAGCGUUACAUUCCCGACACGCGCAUCCACUGCUGUCUGUUCUUCAUUCAGCCUUCCGGCCACUCUCUCAAGCCCAUCGAUAUCGUCGUCUUGAAGAAGCUGUCCGAUGUCGUCAACGUUGUGCCCGUCAUUGCCAAGGCGGAUACCCUGACUGUUGAGGAGCGGAUGGAGUUCAAGGAGCGUAUCAAGGCCGAGUUUGCCUUCCACAACCUCAAGAUGUUCCCGUACGAUAAUGAGGAGUUUGACGACGAGGAGCGAGCUUUGAACCAGCAGAUCAAGAGCUUGGUUCCUUUUGCGGUUGUUGGCUCUGAGAAGAACAUCAUUGUCAAUGGCAAGCAGGUCCGCGGUCGCCAGAACCGCUGGGGCGUCAUCAACGUCGAGGACGAGAACCACUGCGAGUUUGUCUACCUGCGGAACUUCCUGCUCCGAACCCAUCUCCAGGACCUUAUCGAGACCACCUCCCAGAUCCACUACGAGACAUUCCGUGCCAAGCAGCUGCUUGCACUGAAGGAGAGCAGCGCACACGGUGGCGGUGCUGCCAGCAGACCGAUCAGCCCUGCUGCCGACCGAGAGAUGAGCCGGGGCUCUCAGCGAAUGGGCAUGAACGGCUACUAAAUUUUCCUCACUGUGUUUGAUAAUUCGAUUGGGGGAGCGAUGGCGUCUCCGAGCGGUACGGUGGCCAGCCAAUCUCGUGAUGUUCUUGUGGGUGGUGUCGUGCGCGCAGUUUUAAGGAUUUACAUGUUCUCAUCUGGGGCAUAUGGAUUUACGGUGCCGCAUUGCAGUGCGAUCCAACGAUGGCGUUGUUCGUAUUCACCAAACUCACGAGAGGUGAAGAGUUGAGAGGCGACUUGCAUCCGAAGCCGACUGGGCGCGUACACUGGUCGCGCAACGGUUAUAAGUGCGGUAUGCGCCAUAGCCGCUGUCAGCCGCUCAGUGGCCCGACGGGGAUCGCCGGCGGCCUUUUUGUGCGCAUUUUAUUUGUCUUUUUUUCUCGAGUAGUAUCAUCGGAGCCUUCCUUGACCAUUUUCUUACGUUUUAAUCAGAUCCCCACACCUGUACUUUCCAUAUACCUACAGUUAGUUGAUUCGCGUCGAGGAAGGGGGCGCGUCACAGUGGAUGGAGGCAGAGAGAGAGAGAGAGAGUAUGAUAUGUUGAUUAAUCUUGCAUUUAUCUGCUGCUUUGAUGUUG